GAUCAGCAGUGCGCUGUGUCCCUCGGCGGAUCACCGAUCAACGGAAAGAGCCGAAGAUGUCGGCUCGGUCAUGUGAUCAGCUGUGUCCAAUCACAGCUGAUCGCAUGGGACAUGUACACUGAUCAUCAGGGCACAGAUGAUCAGUGUGCCCUGAUGAUCUUUGUAGCCCCAGCAGUGCCACUUGUCAGUGUCCAUCAGUGCCAGCUGUCAGUGCUCAUCCAUGCCACCUGCCAGUGCCCAUCAGUGCCACAUCAAUGCCACAUUUCAGUGCCUACCAGUGCACAUAAAUGCCACAUAUCAGUGCCCAUCUGAGCUGCCUUUCAGUGUCACCCAUCAGUGCCAGUCCGUGCCACCUAUCAAUG